AUGUCCAUUGAAUGCUUUGACACCUACUUCAAGGAAGGUCGCAAGAUUGUGACCGUGAAAGAUGUGGAACCCGAAAAGUUCAUCAGCGCCUUCUCUCAGCACUUGAAGCGUCAAGGUCGUUUCGAGCUGCCCAAGUGGGCCGACGUCGUCAAGACCAGCAAGGCCAAGGAACUGCCCCCCAGCGAUCCUGACUGGUUGUAUGUGCGAACUGCCUCCAUGGUCCGAAAGAUUUACAUCCGCAAGGGCAUGGGUGUGGGUGCUUUCAAGAAGGUCUAUGGUUGCCAGCAGCGAAGAGGUACUUGCACCAAUGUCUUCACCAAAUCCUCUGGAAAGAUUGCUCGCUACAUCCUGCAGCAGCUCGAGGAGAUGGGUCUGGUGGAGCAGGAUGAGGCUGGCGGACGCAUGAUCACCAAGGAAGGCCAGCGCGAGCUGGACACUGUGGCCGUGCAGGCGGCAGCGGAGGAGGAGGACGCUGCACCCGACGUGCGCGAAGCCUACAUGAUGAAGAAUCGUGACAUGCAGCGGAGGACCAAGGCGAACCUGAUGAGUCGCAUGAUGGAGCUGGAACGUACACCCUUGGCGCCUGGAGAACUCAAUCGCGGGACAUUUAGCUUGAUGAACGCAGAUGACGAGAUGUUUGAUCAAAGAUACGACAUGGAGGGCAACUAUCAAGUGACCAGAGGCCAGGAUGCACCGGAUGGAUAUGUGGAAAUCGAUCCUGAUGACCUCGAGAUGUACGAAGGAUACAGUGAGGAUGGUGAGGAUGAGCUGGAUGAUGGAGCCUUUCCGGUUGGAGAGGAACAGAUGAGAGCAUGAGAGAGUGGUGGAAGGGCUGGACAGCAAUGACUGAU